AUGGCCGCCACCACGCAGAGCGCCUACGCCGGCGUCGGCGGCGCUGGCCAGGAUCUUGACCCGAGCGAGCCGCCGUCGUUUUUCGUGCGGGCGCUGUACGACUUUGAGUCGAGCGACGCCAGCUCCCUCUCGUUCCGCAAGGGCGCCGUCAUCGAGGUGCUCACGCAGCUCGAAUCGGGCUGGUGGGACGGUCUAAUGGACAACGACGUCCGCGGCUGGUUCCCAUCCAACUACGUCGAGCCCAUAUCCGACGAGGAGGCUGAGCUGGAGCUUGCCGCACAGGCCGCGGCGCAGGACCAGUUUGCGCGCGCCGGCGCCAGCCCAGCGGGCUCGACCGCCAGCGCGUUUGCCGGCCUCGGUCUCGGAGGCGGCUUCGACAGCCUCCACACCCUCAUCAAGGGCGAGGGGCUCGGCGCCAGCGACGCCUUCGGCCAGCUGGCAGAGGCGGCGAUGCUCGAUCCACGGCGGGGCAUGUUUGGCCUCGGCGAGUCGGUCGACGGCGGCAGUUCUGGAGGCGACCAGAGCCGGCGCUUUUCCCGCACCGGCGGUGCCGCUCCGCCGCUCAACCUCGACGUGCGCAACUCGACCAUCAGCAUGAGCUCGUUCGGCACCACCGACGCCAGCUCGCGCUUUGACUCGCCCGUCCACUCGGAUCUGACAUCGCCGCAGACCCGCAGCCAGUCAAACUCGGUCAGCGAGGCCGACCGGUCCAAGGAGCGCAUCGGCGGCAGCGCAUCGACGUCGGCUGCCGAGCGCGAGCGCCUGCGCGCGAUGUCGCUCUCGACGACCUCCGACCCGCGUCAGGGCGGCUACCCGGCGUCGCUCGGCGUCAGCCCGCUCGGUCGGCCGAGGGCAGCCACGGGUUUGCAGGCGGGUCAAGCAGAUCUCGGCAACGGCAGCGCGCCGUACAGCACGCUGCAACGGCACCAGCAGCAGCUGCAAAAGGGCGACGGCGAGCUCUGGGUGCCCAAGGUGACGGACCGCGGCGAGGUUGUCUACCUCAACACUCGCACGCAGGCCAUUUCUCAGGAGGCCCCGACCACCAAGACGUCGAGGUCCUCGCUCGAGGACGUCGACGGGGCCCGCCCGCCGUCUUCGGCCAUGAUGCGGCCGACGGGCUCGUGGCAGGGAAGCUCGGCCCAGUCGAGGCGGAGCGGGACCAACAGCGCCAACAUGUCGAGCCGACCGUCGUCCUCGAACGCCACCAGCAACUCACGCCCUUCGUCGGUCAACAGCAACCACACGGCGGUGCUGAUGGGCGGCGGGGGCAGCGGCGCUCGCAGUUCCCGCCCGCCGGCUCGCAACGCCGUCGAGUUUCUUCCCAACCCGAGGGACGUGCCGGCUCCCUGGAAGCUCCGACUGACCGACGACGAGCGCCACUUUUUCUUCUGCCACAAGCUCACGCGCGAGGUCCGCUACGAGCUGCCGACGGACUCUGAGCGCCGGCCGACGCGGAGCCGCGCCAGCAGCUCCAUCAGCCUGCACGACGAGGUGCUGGAUCCGGCCAUGAUGGACGGACGCACGUCGAGCAUGGGUGGAGCGGACUCGGACGACUCGGAUCUCGACGGGGCGGUCGCAUCGAAGCUGCCGGGCAAGUCGCCGCGAGGCCGGAUCCGGCUUUCGCAAUCGUCUGCGGCGGCCAAGGACAACGACCAGUGGGGCUUGGCGUCGAUCGCCCACGACCCGAUCUUCGCAGCGACCGCCAAGCCUCCUCCGCCCACGCUAGUCGAGGAUGGCAAGGCGGCCCUCGAGGCCCAGAGGCAGCUCGGACCGGGACAGCCGACCCAGGUGGCGGUGCUGGUCCGCAAGGCGCACGAGGCGAUCCGGUCCAUGGCGGCCAUCGCCUGCGAGCAGAUGGGCACCGACGGCCUGAGCGAUGCGGACCGCGGAGGCCCGAUUGUGUCCGACGACGGCCUCUACCUUCCUAGGCUGGCCACGGCGGCGGUCUCGGUGGUGGCGGCCAUUCGAGAGGUCCUUUACGCGGCCGGCUCGCUGGCGCUGCUCUCUGCCGACGCCCAGACGCUGUCGGGCCUGCUUGUGCUCGACGCCUCGGGUCGCCGCGCGGGUAAGAGGCCGGCGGGCGCCGCGCUGCUGGGACCAACCGACUUUGCCGAGGUCGUACGGGCGCUCCAGGGCAGGACGUCGUCGGACGCCAAGCUGCUGCGCCUUGCUGGCGCCUCGACGGCCGACCAGGUCGCUUCGAUCCCCGCCUUCAUGUACCCGAUCGGGCGCAAGAUCAACGCCACCAUUUCCAAGCUGGUGUUGUCGUCGAGGCAGGUCAUCGAUCACACGGUGACGCUCAGCUCGUCGCCGACGUCGCGCAAGGAGAGCACCAUGACCGAGCUCGACGCCGAGACGUUCGAAAAGAUCUACCAGUGCCGGCAGCGGCUGCGCGAGGAUGCUCUGGAGCUGAACCGGUUGCUGCAGUCGUUUGGCGACGAAGCCGAGCGGGCGCGGGCCAGCGCCCUCUUCACGUCGAGCGGUCGGGGCUGGCUGAGGAGGAUCGAGGGCGGCGUCGAGGGUCGCUCCGGCCUGGGCGGCGCGGGCGCGACGACGCUGGGCGGCGGCAUGGCGGCGGGCUGGCAGGGCAACGGUUUCGCUCUGCCGACCGCCUACGAGACCGCGGCGCUGCGCACCGAGGCUCAGGGAAAGUUCAACAACCCGUUCGAGCUCAAAAAGGACUUUCACAAUGCGCUCGUCCGCGGCCGGGCAGCGCUGGUGCGGAGGCCGACCUCGCCGCUGUCGCAGAGCCUCCUGCCGGCCCUGCAGUCGCAGCAGGAUGCCCUCAAGGAGGACCUCGACGCUCUGCGGACCAGCUUGGAAGCGCCUGGCUCGCAAGAUUCGUCGUCGAAACGAGCAGAGGCGGCGCUUCUGCGCUGCGGCACUCUGCUGGCCCUCGUCGAGGAUGUCGAUGUCGCCUCGUCGGUCGACGUCGAUGGCCUGACGGCAAAGGAGAUCCAGGGAUCGGCCAUCAAUCAGCGGAUUGCCUCGCGCGCGGAUCAGGCACGGACCCUCGUUCGUCGCCUUGGUCUGUUGAAGCAGGCCACCUACGACGCCAGCUCGGACCUGCUCGUCGCGAUCCAGGAGGCCUCCUCGGCCGCCGACGCCCUAGAGCAGGCUGCCCGGGCAUCGAGGGCGACCGAUGUGCUGUCCCGCCUGUCAUCGGCACUAGUCAAGACGCUGUCCGACUUGGCGCAGGUGGCCGAAGACCAGCUCAAGGACGCGGCGCCUCACCUCGGCGCGCGAGCCAUUGUCUACGAGCUGGACGGCGACCAGGAGCUCGCUCGACAGCCGGUGACUUCCGCCGCAGACGGCGCGAUCGACGGUGCUGCGAUGCCCGCUGCGACGGGCGGCGGAGGGCGCUCGUUUAGCGUGCCGACGGUUGCGACGUCGGGUGCCGACGAUGACCCUGCCAGCGAGACCGAGGUCAUGUUCCUCGGGCCGGGCAUUGCCGUGCCCAAUGGCCCGCGCUCCCGCAACCGGAGCCCUGCUGGCGCGAUCGGUUCGUCGGGCUCGGUGCCGCCCGCCGCUCCCUCUACGGGCACCUCGUCGUCCUCGGGCGCGGUGCUGUCCUCAUCGCGAGGCGGGACGCUGGGCUCGAUCGUCAACCGGCAGCGCUCGACGUCUGUGACGACCGGCGGCUCGACCCGAUCGAUGCAGUCGCUGCAGGAGACGACGCGCAGCCUGCUCAGUCGCCGCGGCACGCUGGCCGAUUCACACACGCCCACCAGCAUCGACGAGGGCGACGAGGGCCGCAACUCCGGCCAGAGGGCGCGGCGGAUGCUGGGCGACGAUGCGCCGCUCUCGGCGCAGUCAACCCACGAGAGCGAGGCGAGCAGUAUCAACAGCAGCCUGAGGCGGCGCGAAGAGGAGCUGCCGUGGUACCUCGAGCCGGACUACGACCCCAACGACAUCCUCAUGGGCGCCGACGGCCAGGUCAAGGGCGCCACGCUCGAGGCGCUCAUCGCCCGCGUCACCAACCACAACUCGUUCGACACCAGCUUCAACAACACGUUCCUCAUGACCUACCGCUCGUUCACCACGACCGAGGAGCUGCUCGAGCUGCUGUUCGCCCGCUACCGGAUCGCGCCGCCCGACGGGCUGACCGAGGACGAGCUGGGCGUGUGGACGGAGAAGAAGCAAAAGCCGAUCCGCCUGCGCGUCUUUAACUUGCUCAAGUCGUGGCUCGAGGGCUACUUUUACGAGGGCGAGGACGACCGCCACCUCGACCGGGUGCGCCGCUUCGCACUCGAGGAGAUGUCGCAGUCGCCCUCGAUGAAGGCGCCCUCGCACCAGCUGGUGCGCCUCGUCGAGCGCCGGCAGGGCGAGGGCGAGCAGAUGAUCCGCAAGAUGGUGCUGCCGACGUCGGCGCCGCCGCCAAUCCUGCCCAAGAACCUCAAGAAGCUCAAGCUGCUCGAGAUCGACCCGCUCGAGAUGGCGCGCCAGCUGACGCUCAUCGAGAGCCGCCUCUACAACCAGGUCAAGCCGGCCGAGUGCCUGGGCCUCAAGUGGACCAAGCCGGGCAACGAGGUGCACGCCAAGGGCAUCAUGGAGAGCAUCAACACCCACAACCGCAUCAGCGCCUGGGUGGCCGAGGCCAUCCUGCGCCAGGAGGACCUCAAGAAGCGCUCGACGCUCAUCAAGCACUUUAUCGGCAUCGCUGACCGCUGCCGCGCGCUCAACAACUUUUCCGGCAUGUGGGCCAUUGUCUCGGCGCUCUCGACGGCGCCCAUCCACCGCCUGCGGCGCACCUGGGACGCCGUCAGCCAGAAGCACGUCAUGAUCUUUGAGAGCCUCGAGACGCUGAUGAGCGCCAGCCGCAACUGGGCCAACUACCGCGAGCUGAUCCACAAGCUCAACCCGCCCUGCGUGCCGUUUCUCGGCCGCUACCUGGGCGACCUCACCUUUAUCGAGGACGGCAACCGCGACCGCCUCAAGGACGACGUGCGCCUCAUCAACUUUGGCAAGCGACAAAAGACGGCCGAGGUCAUCCGCGAAAUCACCAUCCACCAGUCGACGCCCUACAACCUCACCCCCGUGCCCGCCAUCCAAAAAUUCAUCGACGACAACCUCGUCGAGAGCCGGACCGCCGACGAGCUGUACGAGCAGAGCCUGGCCCUGGAGCCGAGGGAGAGGGAGGACGAGAAGAUCGCCCGCCUGCUGCAGGAGAGCGGCUUCCUUUGA